AUGAUUAAGACGAUUCUUUCUCCCUUCGAUCAUUAUCCACUUCAACUAGAACUAGGAGAGGACUUCCUCCCCAACCUGAAUCCGAAUCUUAAGCUUAAACAAAAUAAUGCUUGUCCUCAGCACCCGAAUCAUUCCUAUCUAAAUCUCCAUUCGCCGCAUUUGAAUCAGGGUACGGAGGUGCGACAACGGAUGAAAUUAGUUUUUGAGAGUUUAGGGUUGAAUGUUGGAACCGAAAAUGCUAUUAUUAAUGUAAUGCAAUUUGGUGCUCUUGGAGAUGGCACAUCUGAUGAUUCACAAGCAUUUGCUAGUGCAUGGGAUAGUGCAUGUAAAGCAGGUGGGACGUCAACACUAGUUAUACCAGCAGGACAAUUAUUUAUGGUCACCAAAAUAAAUUUUAGUGGUCCUUGUACAGCCAAAAUGAACAUUCAGCUUGAAGGGAACAUAGUGGCACCUUCUAAAGAAGCAUGGAAAUUAGAUGGAACAUAUUGGAUUAGUAUUCAAUAUGUAAAUGGACUCACACUUGAUGGCAAUGGCAAAGGAGGAAUCGAUGGAGAUGGUUCCACUUGGUGGCAAUGUGAAAGUUGCAAACGACCUAAGGUAUAUGUUCAUUAUAUAUUUUGA